CUAUUAUAUUGACACUAGAUAUGGAAUGGCUUGAAGUAUAUAAUCAUCAGUUCAAAAAUUCAUUCUAUGUCAAUCAGGAAACUGGUGAAUGGAGUAAAGACCGACUCCCAAAUACAUUAAUUACAAAAGCAAGAUCGGAUACUGUUUGGUUCAUUCAGAAUAUGAAUUGUUAUUAUCACUCCAAAACAAAUCAAUGGUCGCACCAUCCUCCUUCUUCGUCUUAUCCAGUCAUACUACUUUCGAAUCGUUUUGCCAUGGAUCCAUCUCACAAAACUGACGUUUCUUUACCUAUAUCAAGUCAUCCAUUAUCUCUCGAAACAAAUGAACGUCAACAAUCUAAUUUGAAAACAAAAUAUCAUCAACAUACUUCAAGUUCAACUCACACCAAUAAACCGUUUGCCCCUUCUUCUCUUGUUAUCAACAAUGUUACGAAUCAUCAUUCAGAUCCACCAAUGGCCAAAAAACAAGGUUCAUUGCUGCAGCUUUCGAAAUCUUCCAUAGAAGCGACUUUUAAAUCAAAGAUCUUUCCUCAAGUGCGCAAAAGAUUUUAUAGAUCAUCAUCAUCCAUAUGGCAUCCUCCUUCGGCAACAUGUCUUGAUGUUAAAAAAGAAGAAGGUACAACACUUAUGCAUCCUUGUCCCUGCCACUCUCCGAAGCAUCAAACACUAGAGAUCACUUCUUCACCUAUAAUCUCUACUUCAACAACAAAUGAUAAUCAUAACAGUAGUUGUCAAACAUAUUCUUUUGAAGAGUAUGCAGCAAAUCAUUUUACAAUUCAUAAACGAGGAUUUUUGAUACGAACUCCUAUUCCAUUAUCAGAAAUGAUAUCUUGGACAAAAUCAUCCAUUUACAAACCAUUAUUGGUUUCUCCAAAUAGAAAACACUCCAAAAAUGCAAUCCACUGUUUCAAACUUAUUCAGAUGAUUAUGGGCGAUCGACCAAGACAACAAACUAAUCUAUCCAGCAACAACAAUGAUAAUGACGAUGAUGAUGUACAGGAUAUUCAGGCGAUCCUCCGAUAUGGGCUUACUCAGGGACAACAAAUGCGGGAUGAAAUUUAUGCACAAUUAUGCAAACAACUUGACCAAAAUCCUAGGUCAUCAAGUUGCCAAAAGGGAUGGGAAUUACUCUCCGUACUUUGUUCCACCUUUCCUCCAUCAAAAACAUUGGCAUUCUAUUUAAUUCCAUUUGUGCAACAUCAUCUCACAGAAAAGGAAGAUAUGGAUACAACGCUCUCUUUUUGUACUUCUUACCUACUUCUCAAAAUUAAACGUAUAUGUCAACAAGGUGCUCGUGAAAAAGUCAUCAGUAGAGCGGAAAUCCAGCUGGCUAGGAUGGCCGUGUCUUUACCAUCAGAACAACAACAACAAUCAUCCUCUUGUUUUAUGUUUGGAAGAUCCUUGACUAUGAUAAUGAAACAACAACAACAAUCUCUCAAGAUACCUCUUAUUGUUCCUUUUUUGGUAGAAGCCAUUAGUAAAUUACAUGGACAUUCUGCUCAAGGUAUUUUUCGUGUUCCUGGUUUGACUGAUCUAGUGACAGCGUUGCGAGUCCGCAUUGAAUCGGGCUAUUAUGAUGAUGAUGAUGAUUUGAAGACAUUAUGUGGUGGUGAUCCUGCUGUACCUGCCUCUUUGCUUCGACAAUGGUUACGCGAAUUACCUACACCUUUGAUCCCCAUGUCCUUUUAUGAUCAAUGUAUUGACGGAGCAAGCGAUAUUGAUACUGUCAUGGAUAUUGUUGGUCGUUUACCAGAUGUGAAUCGACGGGUAUUAUUAUAUAUCAUUGGAUUUCUUCAGGAAUUCUUGGCACCUGAUGUUAGAAAGAAUACUUUAAUGACAGUUAACAAUUUGGCCAUGGUGUUUGCUCCUAAUUUUUUAAGAUGUCCACUUACUGACGAUCUGAACUUGGCUUUACAACAAUCAAAACAUGAACAACGUUUUGUACAGACGUUACUUUUGGGAAGCAAGGUGGAUAUGGAUCGACAACUUUAUAAUUAGAUUAUUAUAUUUAAAAAUCAGUUUUUUUUUUUUUGAUUUAUUACAUUACUAUAUUAUCAUCUUUAAUAAAGAAACGGAUAAUCGGGUUGAUCUUGGCUAUCCUGUGUAAUUUUUCUUUUUCUUUUUUUACUAUGCAACAAAACUGUAAACCUA